GCUCCAGGCUGCCCAGGUCGGAAAGGAGACAGCCUCCAGCUUUCUACCUUCCAGCCGGCCUCCAUAGGUGGCCAGGUGGGCUGGGGUAGGUGGCUGUGGCCGUGGUGCUUCAGGAAGGGAGUGAGCUAGGAGGGCCUUGACCCAGAGCUGUGGGAUUCUCUUCUCUCCAGCUGGGUCUGGAAUUCAGAACAUUUCACAGGCGCCUCGCACUGGGCCAGCGGUCAGGGCCAGCCAGCCGACUCCCUGGCCUGGGUCUGGAGCCUCAGCGCUCAGGAAAGGCACCUGCCUUCCUGUCUUCUCUCUUCCGUCACACCCAGAAGUUCCCUCUGCCAACCUGGAGGAUAAAGAAAAGGGACGAGAAGGUCUUCCGCUUGGCGUGUGCGGUGCCAGACCUGAAAACCAAACAUUCCGGAUUCCUGGUGGGCUGGCUUUGUGCCGAGAAACCUGGGUGCCUACAGAGACUCUUCCUUUGGUUUCACGCAGGUGUUUGAUCCCUGCAGACGGAGCCCCCAGGAAGGUGUUUAUGGUUGUUAGAAAAAGGGGAAAGAAACCUGACCAGUUUUAAUGACUUAGGGCUUGCCAGUGACAGGAGGCCUGUAGACCAGGACCCAGCGCCACAGCAGCGCUGGCCGCAGCUGCUCCUGUCAAGCCAGGAGUCCUCUCCCAGUUAACCCUCUCUUGCCCAUGCUGCCUGCUUGGCAAGUGCAUGACUCGUGUCCAGGCACAGCCCUCUGAGGCCAGUGUCAUCCAUAUCUACAGAGUGGUGUGGCCAGGUGACAGGUCAGACUCACCAGGCACCUUCUGAUGGGGACAGAGGUGAGAAAUGUGGGGAUACAGCCAUGUCAGUACCUCCCAUGGAGGGAGCAUUCUGUGGUUCCCAAAGGUCUUUCCAUACGGCAUCCUGUGCAAAGGCUUGGGAGCAUUGGCUAUUCCUGCUUUGCAGAACGAGCCUCGGAAAGAUGAUAGGCCUCAGGGACAGAGAGGUUAAGGGACUUGCCCAAGAUCAUGUGAAGGAUGUGGCAAAACCCUGGCAUAAACCCACAUCACUGGCCUGGCCUGUAGAUCCAGAUCUCUUCUUCCCUUUGUUCCAGGCACAUCAGACGUUUGAGUUGGCAGGGCCAGGAGCUGUCAGAAAGCCUGUGUUUAAACCCUGCUGAUUUCAGACUGGGACGCUUGUAAAAGUCACAGCCAGAGGCUAGAAGAGCCUCCUAAUAGCCCUUCAGCAGGGGCUGGGCAGCUGUUUCCUGAUGAGGAUAAUAACUCAGGGCCAUCCAGCAAGCUGGUACUGGCUGGGCUGGAAUUUGGUUCGCAGGAGAACUUCUCAUCCAGGCAUGUGUUUGCCCAGGGCUAAGUCUUCUCAGCGUAGCUUGGGGCUUUCAGCCUGCCACACCAGCAGCCUUCAGGAGGAAGACUCCCGUUCCAUUCAUCUGGGCAGACUCUGCCCUCUUAGGGGUUAUUAAAGAAUUUGUAAACAAAGGUACCAGCAAAGGAAAUACACCAGACCUCAGUGAUCUUUAUUUCUGGGUGGUAACAUUAUUCUUUCGACUUUUCUGUAGUUUCCAAAAUUUCUAAAAUAGGCAUAAAUUAUGUAUAAUGAAGAUGGGAAAAAAUUAUAAAAAUAAAAGACCAAAGAAAGAAGAGUGCAAGUAUCUCACCAAUGUAAUUGGUACAUACUCUUCACCAUGCAGUCUACUGAUUUUUUUUUAAAAAAAAGCAUAGGCUCUCCUAGAACGAGGUAAAAACCAGACCCAGUCUCCAGAAGGCCCCGCUCCACGUGCCAGCUGAUGAGGCAGGCCCUGCUCCCGGCAGCUGCAGCCGAUCGGAGUCGGAGGCCCUGCCUCUCUCUCUCUCUGCACUGUCUUGGCUUGUCAGGGAGAAGGAAGGGAGAAGACGACUCCUGGUGGCUGUGCCCCGCCGGGGUGACAUCACGUAGACCAUCCUGGGGCUGAACAAGGCAGGCCAGGCAUUCUAACCCAGUCCCCGCUCCAUUCAGUGGCACCAGGACUGAGUCCCACGAGUGCCUGGGCUCUGGUGUGGGGUGUGGCGGGGCUGUCUCUGAGGAGGUGACAGACACACGAACACGGUGGCAUGCGUGACAAGGGCUAUCCGAGCGGUGCAAUAAGCAUAGCUGUGAAAUGCUCCGGGGAGCUGAGGCCACACUGAGCGGUGGCUGUGCCAGGUGCGGUGGGCGAUGAAAUUAACCAGAGGGAAACAUACACACCCUCACUUCCCACGCAGGCAGGGCCUCGCCUGUAAGCGGAAUUGCUGUUACGCUUCUCCUUAUUUCUCGUUCACAUUUUUCUGUAAUAAUCAAAACCCAGUUGCUCUGAGGGACACCCUCCCAGUUAUAAUAACCACACACCAAGGUACCCGGCAGUGACCUUCGGGUGGGGCAGCCAGGGAAUUUGCUGAAAGCCCAGAUCUCUCCCAGCCCUCCAUGGAAAUUCAGAUUCCUCAAAUCUGGGAGGCGCUGGGAGGUUAAUAAGUACCCACAGGUGAUUCUAAUACCACUGGCCCAUUAACUGGCCCCAGGAGGAGUGGAAAAAGUAUAAAAUUGGUAAUUAGAUGAGAGGUCAAGUCCAAUCCUACCACAUCCUAGUUGUGUGACUUUAGGAAAACCAAUGAACUAAUCCUCAAUUUUGUCCUGGUAAAAUGGGGACAGUAAACCCCACCCUGGCAGGGCAUUGUGGAGGGAGGAUGGGGAGGAGGGCGAGCAGCUUUAGGGCCCUGCACACUUGCCGGGCUCCUGGAAGGGUGGGGAGCCCCAGUGUUUUCGGAGGCCAAGGAAGGAGGAUCACUUGAGUCCAGGAGUUCGAGGCUGCAGUGAGCUGUGAUCACGCCACUGCACUCCAGCCGGGGCAGCAGGGGCAGGAGCCAGGCACAGAGGAGCCGUAGGGCUGGUCCUGCCUGCCUGCUGGGCUGACCCAGGGAAUGGUGGCCUUGGACCUUUCCUCCUACCCACACCCGCAGGGCCCCGAGGCCAGGGCUGCAGAGAUGCGACGCCAUGCCUGCGGCCUCCCUGUGCCAGGAGAGUCAGCUCAGCCCUGUCCCUUGGGCCUGCGCCUGCCGGAGUAGAAACUUCCCAGAACCAGCUCCAGCCUCCGCCCGGGGACCUGGCUUCCCCUGGAAAUCAAUCCACAAACUCAGUUCAGUUUCUAGGGGUGUUAGAAUUUUUUUUUCACAUUUCCCCGGAACCUCAAGCUGCCACGCAGCAGCACGCUGAGCGACACCUGCUUUCUCUUCCCCCCGGCGACCGUCUGCCUCCUCCUCAGAGGCCAGCGCCAAGAUCAGAUGCUUCCACUCUCCUCAGCCUCCUCAGCGGACAGCCCCACGCCGCACUGACCAGACAAUAAGCCAGCCUCUGAGUGAGCAACACAGGUAAGGAGACGGGUUGCGAAGAUGGUCUCCGAGGUGCAAGAAGGAAGUCUUACUUCCAAGUCAUGGGACCGUGGAGCCUGUUCUGGACCUUCCCUUGCAGCUGAGAAAAUAAAUGGCCUGGACUUUAUACUGGUCUCUUCUCGGCAUCACACUGUCUGCAGCUACGAGGCUGGGACAGGAGAGAGAAGACCCAGUACUGCAGCGCUGUCCUUUCGUAUGUGGCUUAUGUCACUGCACGUGAGUCCUCAAGGUCCAUCCACGGUGUGGCAUGGGGCACGAUCUCCUUCCUUUCUGAGGCUGAAUAACCCUCCACUGUGUGGACAGACCACACUGUGUCAUCCGCUCGUCCGUCCAAGGACACUGGGUGGCUUCCACCUGUUGGCGACUACGGAGAUGCGGCUGCAGGACCAGCAGCUGGCCAGACAGCUCAUGCGCCUGCGCGGAGACAUCAGCAAGCUGAAGAUCGAGCACACCUGCCGCCUGCACCGGAGGAUGCUCAACGACGCCACCUACGAGCUGGAGGAGCGGGACGAGCUGGCCGACCUCUUCUGCGACUCGCCCCUGGCCUCCUCCUUCAGCCUCUCCACGCCCCUCAAGCUCAUUGGCGUCACCAAGAUGAACAUCAACUCCCGGAGGUUCUCUCUGUGCUGAGAGGCCCUGGAGGCAGGGGGUCUGGGAGGAGCCCGGCCCAGUUGCCCCAGCGGGUCUCCCAGGGGCCGGGCUUCCUGCGGCUGAGGGCUGGGGGCCUCAGGACCUGUGGGGCGGUGCUCCCGGGGACCCCGGUGUGGUCCCAGUGCUCCUGGACUGGCCCCCGUUUCACGCCCAAAGAGCUCUGUCUGCAGAAGGGCCGCUCCAACCAGACGUCAAGGAGAACCUGGUGCCCAGCGUGACCCGUCCCUUGACGGCCCACAUUCCUGUUUCCUGGAGUCACUGGUGCUAUGAACUGGGAUUCCCAAAGGUGGGGGGGGGACCCAAAGCUGUCAUUCUUGCAGAAGGCUCCCCCUGCAAGGGCCCUGGAGAGAUGAGACACGCCAGACGUGCCCAUCUCCCAGGCUGUCACUGUCCUCUAAGUACAGGCUGGAGUUCACCCUCAGUAGGGGACUCAGCAGACUUGAAAGGAACCCACCGGGAAAGGGAAAUCAAAAGGAAUGACAGAGUGGUGCUUGGGGACCCAGGCCCCACAGCUGCAGCCAGUGCCCGGGAGAGCCUGCAGUCCGGCUGCGGUUGGUUUUGCACCCAGCACAACCGGCCGAGUGCACCAUCAUCCCCAGGUGUGCCGGGGGUGGAGCCAGCACAGGUGCCCCAUUGCCUUCCCUGGCCACGUGCACCAGCCACACCCUCCAAAGGGCCCCUUCGCUGCCCCAACAGCCCCAGGGAGCCUGCCCAGGACACCGCUGGUGACUGGACCAGGCAGGUCCUGGCCGGGUUUCCCAGGAAAUCCUCCUGGAGGGGGCGCCACGGAGGCCUCCCGGUGGGUUCUGAUGGCAUCUAUCACCUAUGUCACCUUAUUGCCCCUCCCCCGACAGACAAUCUGGGGAGCCCAGAGCCUGUCCUGAGUCUCCUCUGAGACCCUGUGCCUGACCUAACCACUAGUUUUCACCGAGUAAGACUGUUACUAGUGUGUCGCUACCGUGUUAAUGACUGUUUGGGCUUUGUCGAAUGGGGAAGCCAGUUGGGUAGGUGGGGCGGGUGCAGUUUAGGGUUUGAUUUAAGAGUUUCUCCCUAUGGAGUGUGAGGGUCCGAGCGCCAAGGCCUGGGUGGGUUAGAGAGUCAGCCUGGGCGACUCACCCCGCCCGGUGGCCUCCUCCCAGCCCGGCAGAGUCCUCAGACCAGAAGUCCUUUGACCUGCGAUGUCACCUAGCUGAGCCCUCUCCCGGAUAAAGGAGCAAAGUGAAGCCUGGGGAAGGAGAGUGGCUUCUCCAGGUUGCACGGCGCUCGGUGGCUGUGGAUAUUGGCGUGCGGAGCAGUUGUGAGUGACGCCUAGACAGGCCAUGCACCCGUGCCAAACCCCAAAGGCGGCCCGAGGCUUUGCCAAACCCACACACUGCCUAUGUCUCUAUGCCGGCCUCACUCGCACCCCCCCUCCCGCUUUGCAAGUCGGGAUGCAAUUCAGGCAACGGCAGGGCGGGGCCUGGACAGUGGGCCCACGGGGUCCCGUGGUCUAGGCACGGUGUCCAGCUGCUCUGUGUGUCUGUCUUGUCUCCUUCCUGCAUAAUCUCAGCGGAGCUGGGUCCACACACACCGUGAGCUACACAGGGACAGGGCGCUCUUCCUUAGUGGACUGAGAGGGGAAGAUGCAAGCGAAUGGUCCCUUGCAGACAGGAAGGAACUUGGUCUCUUCCUUGUAAUUUCAAAAAGCCAGAGGGUCUGUGCUUCCUUCGAAGAAGGUGGAGCAGCGUAGCCAGGGUUUUGCAUCCACCCUCCUCUGUGCACUGAGGCCUAGAGGACCUAGCAGCACUGUCCUGCUCAGAGCUCUGCCGCGCUCGGCCCGGGCCCUGACAGCCCUCCCUCUCCUGCCGGCCCUUCCGGAAGAGCCCCGGGCCAGCCCCCACGCACCUACCCCCCCACACGGCAGAGAACACACCUUAAACACCCUCGAACCUAGGCAGGAAAGCCCAUCCCACGGUCUGAAAAAAUGCCAGACUGAGCUUUUCUUUUUGCUUUUUAGAAAUCAGUCAUUACAGCAACAGAAACAACUGGAUUCGACCGGAGCUGGAGGUUUUGUUGCGUGUGCUCGGUCCAGUGGAGCCGGGCGUGCCCGAGCCAUUCAGCUGCUCAGGAACCCACGCCCGCUCGCCUGGCUCUCUACGAGGGGGCCAAGGGCACGACACGUUUUGGGAUAGGUUGUGUGUCUAUUUUGCCCAAUUUCAUCCCAAAAGAAUUUUAUCAGGGGAUGAGGAGGAGCAGGAGAAGGGGUGAGCAGGGAAGCGAGUGGAGGGAAGGCACUGAGUUUCCCAAGCACCGUCCAGUGUCCCCAGCUCCCUCCCGGUCCGCGGCGAGCGCAGCUGCCCUGUGACGUCCCUGCUCUGCGGGGCCUGGGGCAGCAGCAGGGCGGGCCUGGCCUCCCCGCCACCUCCCUCCACGUGUACGCAGUGCUGCUGCCAGUUCUACCCACUAUCCCUCCGUCUCCCCGAGUGCCCAGGCCUCCCGGGGGGAACACGUGGAAAUCCCCACUGGCGCCGUCUCAUGUGGUCACAUCUCCUGCCCUGGCGGGCUCAGGAGCUGUCACAGAGGCCUGAGGGCCUGGGCAGGCUCCCCCUGGCCUGGCCGAGCCCGAGACACCCACCCGUAGCAAUACCAAGUGCUAUUACGUGCAUAAUUGAUGGACAGUUUAUACUUUUAUUUUUUAUGAUUAUUUGUUUCUAUAUUGCUGUUAGAAAAAGUGAAAUAAAAAAUACUUCGAGAGACGAUG